AUGUCAAGUUCAACACUCAAACACUCGAAUGAUGAACACGAAUCAUGGAACGAGAGGCAAUCGAAUCAUCAAGAGCAUGGUCUUCCGAUGGACUGGAGAGAAUUAUUAUUGGAGAGCGCUAAUGGAUCUCUAUUUAUUCAUGAAAUUGUACCCUAUUUGGAUUUGAACUUUCUUUUGAAUAUCAUGUAUUUCGUUUCAAAAGAUGUAGCAAGGCUUAUUCAACAACAAAAUCAUCACACGUUUGUUGUGAAUUUAAGAAAAAUAACAAACUUGAAAGUAUUGAAGAAAACAAAGCAACACAAGAAAAAAAGUUCGACCGUUCAAUCAAAAAUCAAAUCAAUGAUGCAUUUGGCAAAUGGAUUCAAAUUUGAGAUGCCUUUGGACAUGCACAAACAAAUCAUUGACAAUGUAACCACAAUUUUAGAGAGGGCUGUUCACAAUAAGAAGGAAGUCGUUGUGUCCAUUCAUAUACCAUCCUAUUACAGCAUCAAUGAUGCAGUUAAAGAAAUUUUGAAUGGUAUUGCACAGGCUUGUAAAAGGUCAACAGAUGUAAUGGACACUCUCUCUCUACAUUUAUCAGGUUACGUAAAGGCAUAUGUCGAUGUUACUCCUUUCUUGAAUCUUCGUGUGAAACAUUUAAAACUCCUUGAUUGUGCAAUGGACAAUUUUUAUUCAAUAAUGGAACAUAACUUGGUUUUUGAUCGUUUAACAAUUUCUGGUCCCUUCACAUAUACAGAUGUAUUUGAUAUUUACAGACUUAAAGCACUAGAGAAAAAGAGCCUAAUAAUACGACCUACCUCACCUUUCACACUCUCAAACGGAAAGUAUUUUGAACAGUAUAUAUUACCAAUUAUUGAUUGUAUUGAAUUCUCAAAAUUGACAAUUCACCUCGACAAAUCUCUCCCUAUGCCCCUAUUACAAGUGAAAACGAAAAGUAUUGAUUUGUAUCAAAGCAGCUCUAUCUCGAACACUUGUCUUCCUAAAGUGAUUUCUCAUAACUGUGAAUCGUUGAAUUUCAGCCAAGUUAGAACUACUUUUACAACCUCAAGUUUUACUACUUUAAAUGUUUUGCCAAAUUUGGCUUUUUUGAAAUCACUUUCAUUGACAUCGUGUCACAUUACUUUGAAAUGCGACAAGAAUGAGAAAAGAUCAUUUGAUAUGCCAAAUCUUACCUUCUUGACAUUGGAACGCUGUAUAUUCACUUUUGGAGAGGAGAAUAACCUAUCCUCCGCAGACAAUCCUUUCUUUAUUUCUCUACUACAGAUUCCAAACGCCGUAACUGUUUAUUUGAUAGAACUGGGAUUGAAAAAAGUACCAAAUGUGAACAGCUUGAAAUUGAGCACUCUUUGUUUGAAGGGCAAUCCAAUUAAUGAUGAUACUUUUGAUAUCAAUUUUGUCAUGCAAUAUCCAACACUGAAAAAGCUGGAUCUACAAUGUACCAACUUUAAAUAUUUCAAAACCAUAGAGCCACUGUUUGACAAAUUUGAACACCUUGAUCUCAGCAUUAUUCCCCUCACAGACAUUCUCGUAUCAUUGAAUGGACAUGCUAAAUUAUUUUCUUUAAACUUUCUCUAUGAGACCGAACGAAACAAGUACUUUGAAAGUUCAACAUCAUGCUUCAAUGGAAGCGAUAGAGAAAUUUAUGAAUCUCUAAAAAACAUUCUCACCAUGAAAAAGUACAAACAUUUAUUUUCAGAUGAACUACCCAGCGUUGAAUUUAUUAGAAAUUCAAAAAAGUCACAUCUUCAUUCUCUAGACAAUACUAAUGUUAUCUUUUGGAAUGUGCUCUACUCUAAUAAUGCAGCACGAGUUAAUAAUCCCAGAAUGGGCACGGUGAUCAUUGAUAUCCUAACAAACGCAACACAAUUUGCUAUUCAUCUCACUCCUUCAUUGACAAAAUUUAACAAUGGGCAAGAAUGGAUUUUUAUUGCAUUCUGUUAUCGGAAUCACACGUUGCAAAUGGUUGAAAGACUCGACUCGACACUCAUGGAAACACAUAUUCCAACAAUUCUUUCGAGUUGGAGUUACAUUUCGUCUCAUAGAAAUGCCGUUCAACAAUUAAGAGAGAAAUACAAGAUCUGA